CUGUUUUUUUGGCCGUGGCAGAAUAUCCCAUUUCUCUUCCCUCUUUUGUGGCGUAAUAGAAAGAAAAUCUCCCGUCUCCUUGCGCCGCCAAGACGAGUCGCGGCUGAACAGGGCGGCGAUCUCCAUCGGGCGAGCAGAGCAGGGGAUAGGAUCAUGAUGUUUGACGAUCAAGACCUGGGUUUCUUUGCCAAUUUCCUGGGAAUCUUCAUAUUUGUUUUGGUCAUGGCAUACCACUUUGUGAUGGCAGACGUGAAGUAUGAAGGGAACUAGUGUGGUUGAAGCGAAGGCAUGAUAAGGAUCCAUGGAUCCAUUUUGGCACAUUACUUGUUAGAUUAUGCUAGAGAUUGCUAAGCAUUUGUUGAAAGUUUACCAUGAAAUCUGGGAGUGUCAACUGAUUUGCACUGAUGGAUGUGGUACUUAUAGCAUUUCGACUUCCGUAAUUGUUUAAUUAGCUACCAAAAGCAUCACAAUUCUUCCCAAAGCUGUUUUACUUCUCGAAGGUUUUUUCCUUUGGAAGAUAGGAUUUUUGAAGGAAAUAAUUUUUUCAA